CCAUGGUUUAGAAUAGAAACCUUUUUUUUCUCUGUUUUUGUCUUCCCAGUUGUGUGCGUGUGUCACUGCAUUGGUUUUCUUCAAACUCUGCAAAUCUUUCGCCGCCUUCUUCGUCCAUUUGGGUCAUUCCCGAACUUCUUAAAUAGUGCAUUUUCUCUUUCUUCAAGCUUCAAAGAUUGCUUUUUUGAUAACUUCUGAGUUGCAUUUGGAAUAUCAAAAAAACCUUCUUGUUGUGUGAUUAAGCUAAAGUUUUCAUGAAAUUUUGAAACUUUUUGAUUACCCAGUUGAAAAAUGAUAACUGGGUCAUUGGAGUUACAUAGAUUUUCCUUGAUCUCAGCCGAGAAUCAGUGUCACUGUAUUCAGUGGAAUUUUUGUUAACCGACUUAAAUGCUGAUUAGUGCUUAAUUUUAAGAUUAAAAAAUUAAGAUUGGAUUAAAGUCACUUACUUUACUUGACAAGGUAUUUCUGCUUUGUCUUCAAACUUCAUUUGGAUUCCAAAGGUGGAAAAGAUAACACACAAGAAUAUGUUGGAAGCAAUGCUAAUACUAAGAGCUUUGGUUUUUUGAUUUGUGGUUUUUUAGCUGAGGUUUUGGUUCUGUUGAGCUUUUGAUUCAUUCAUUCAUCAUGCCUCUUUAUGAGUUAUACCGUUUGGCCAGAGAGAAGCUUGAUAAUGAGACUAACGGCACAAGUGUAGCAGAUCAACCUUCGUCGCCUGAGAAUGAUUUUUUUGAGCUGGUUUGGGAGAGUGGUCAGAUUUCAAGCCAAGGUCAAUCAAGUAGAGGUAGAAAGAGUCCAUCUUGUAGGAGUUUGCCAUCUCACUGUUUACCAUCUCAUAGUCCUAGAGGUCGAGAUAAAGAUAAAGACGUAGGAGGAGGAUUUAGUAACAACAAUCCAAAGAUAGGAAAGUUUGGUGAUUUAGACUCUGGAUUGAAUGAGAUUCCAAUGUCGGUGCCAUCUCGCGAAGUGGAUGAAAUGAUGCCUUGGUUGGAUUAUUCAAUGGAUGGCUCUUUGCAACACGAAUAUGGUUCUGAUUUCUUUCAUGAACUCACGGAGAAUGACCUUCCUGCCUCGAAUAGUUUUACUCUAUUGGAUAAAAGGAAUAAUGGGAAUCAGAUAUUUAGGGACUCUCAUAAAAAUUCUGCAGAAGCGAUGAAUGUUUCCAAGGGUUCUUCAGCUGAACAGGUUGUUGAGACUGCAAGACAUAAAGCUAGUGCCAGUCAGUUAUAUCCCCCAUCAUCAAAUCAAUGUCAAACAACAUCUGUAACUGUUAGAUCUAGGGCAUCAGAUAUAACCGAAAAUAAUAAUGUUAGUAGUGGUAACCAGGACGUGCCUUAUGGGGAUAUUACUCGCAUUCCAUCUUCCUCGAGCGAUUUUUCUAGCUUAAAAGCGCAGAAGCAAGAUCCUGUAAUGCCUGGCAAUGGUUCCAAUGUAAUGAAUUUUUCCCAUUUUGCAAGGCCUGCAGCUAUUGUGAGAGCUAAUCUUCAGAACAUUGGCUUGAAGUCUGGUUUGAAUUCAGCUUCAGCAAGAUCAGAUAUUAUGGGAGUUAAGAAUAAAGGCGCUGCUUCGACUAGCAGCAAUCCUCCUGAUUCAGCUCUUGUUAAUCCAAGCGGUGAGUGUUCAAAGGAACCGGAAAUGCGUUGUCAUAAGGUGGUAGAGCCAUCCAAGGCUGAUUUGAAACCUUUGCAGCCGAAAUCGCUUGAACCGAAUGCUGUAGCUACUAAACAAUCGAAGCCUGCUUGCAAAGAGAAUGGAAUUAAGAAUGAUCAACCUUCCAUUCAAGUUCUUGGUGACAAUGGCGCUAAAGGACACGCAGCUGCUGACAAAGGCAUGGAGGUGGCAGUAGCCUCUUCUUCUGUUUGCUCUGGCAAUGGUGCAGACAGAGGCUCGGAUGAUCCAAAUCGAGAUUUAAAACGGAAAAGUAGAGACACUGAGGACUCUGAAUGCCAUAGUGAAGAUGUUGAGGAUGAAUCAGUGGGAGUUAAAAAGGGAGCGGCUGGACGAGGAGUUGCAGGUUCCAAAAGAAGCCGUGCUGCUGAAGUGCAUAAUCUAUCUGAAAGGAGGCGAAGAGACAGGAUAAAUGAGAAGAUGCGUGCAUUGCAAGAACUCAUACCUAAUUGCAAUAAGGUGGAUAAAGCUUCUAUGCUGGAUGAGGCAAUUGAGUAUCUAAAAACACUUCAGCUCCAAGUUCAAAUGAUGUCAAUGGGAGCUGGUUUAUAUAUGCCUCAAAUGAUGUUACCUGCUGGAAUGCAGCACAUGCAUGCACCACACAUGGCCGCAUUUUCACAGACGGGCAUCGGCAUGCAUAUGGGGUUAGGUAUGGGUUAUGGAAUGGGAAUGCCUGACAUGAACGGCGUGCCGUCUAGAUUUCCAAUGAUUCAAGUACCUCAGAUGCAAGGAAAUCAUGUGCCCGUUGCGCAUAUGCCUGGACCCUCUGCUAUGCAUGGAAUGGCCAGAUCGAAUACUCAAGGGUUUGUACUUCCGGGACAGGGAACUUCCAUGCCAAUGCCGCAUACUCCGGUAUUCCCUUUUUCAGGAGGGCCUCUUAUGAACUCAUCCGCUCCGGGUCCGUCUGUGUAUGGAUCCACAGGACAUGUUGAAGCUGUGAAUCCGGCUUCAGCGUGUGGCUCAAAAGAUCGAAGGCCAGAUGUGGACUCAAAAAUUAAGCAAAACACUGCUGGUCGUGACUCUACAAGCCAGAUCCCUAACCAGUCAACUUUGGUACAUAAUGGUGGCCAUACUUCAGUGGCUGAUGACAGUGAAGCUGCUAAUCCUGGCAAUAUCACUUUGUGAUUGGUUAUGAUUGAUACUCCGCAUUGAUUGUGGCUAGUAGAAGAAUCGGGUUUUCAGAAAUUGAGUCCAAAAUGUUGUUUCUCAUCUUUGCAAGUUCAAACCAGAUUACUGAAGAGGAUAUUUCGAAGUCAUCAAGGUUUUCCCGUCAAAAUAGCCAUGGGAAUUCUAGUUUCCGAAACUAGAAAAUUGCACAGAUUUUGGUAUCUUGGGGCAUGUCACUCAUUUGUACAUCCACUUAUAUAUCUUCAACAUUAUGCAUUCAAAUGAUUUGAAUGCGCAAUAAUCAGAUGCCUUAUUCAGAUCUUUCAUAGUGAUUCUUUGGAUUAAUGAAAUAAUAAUUUAUUUUCCUUGGCAA